ACUGGUGCUUCGUUACUUUCAUCCAUUCGACUUUCAAGACCGUUGUACAGAGGUCGGUGCCAAUAUGGGGAUCCCCAAGUUCUUUCGUUAUAUAUCAGAGCGGUAUCCCCUCACAUCCCAAUUAAUUCAAGAGAACAAGAUCCCAGAGUUUGACAAUCUCUAUAUCGACUUCAAUGGAAUUAUUCACAACUGCUCUCAUCCUAAUGAUGACGACGCACACUUUCGACUAUCGGAGGAACAGAUAUUUACUGCUAUAUUUGCAUAUGUAGACCACCUUUUCGGGAAGAUCAAACCCAAGAAGCUAUUCUUCAUGGCUGUGGAUGGUGUUGCUCCAAGAGCGAAGAUGAAUCAGCAACGAAGUCGACGGUUCCGCACAGCGAAGGAAGCAAAGGAAGUGAGAGAGAAGGCAGAGAGAAAAGGAGAGAAGUUGCCUGAUGAGAAAGCGUUCGAUAGCAAUUGUAUCACUCCGGGAACGCCGUUUAUGGCGAGACUCUCGGAACAAUUACGAUAUUUCGUCAACAAGAAGAUUACUGAAGACUCGAACUGGCGGGAAGUUACGGUUGUUCUGUCGGGCCACGAAGUGCCGGGCGAAGGUGAACACAAGAUCAUGGAAUACAUUCGCAAGUCCAGGGCGCAGCUGGACUAUGACCCCAACGUCCGUCAUUGUUUGUACGGUCUCGACGCUGACCUGAUCAUGUUGGGUCUCCUGAGUCAUGAUCCUCACUUCUGUUUACUGCGAGAAGAAGUGAAGUUUGGGCCGUCGCGGAACAGUAAGGGAAACAAGAGCCUGGAAUCUAUCAAUUUCUAUCUUCUUCAUCUAACACUUAUGAGAGAAUACCUCGACCUAGAGUUCCGCGACAUCGAACCAAUGCUGCCCUUCCCAUAUAGUCUAGAGCAUGUCAUUGAUGACUUCAUCCUUCUCGCGGUUUUCGUCGGUAAUGAUUUCCUGCCCAACUUGCCGGAUUUACAUAUCCACGAGAACGGCCUGGAGCGACUGUUCGACAUAUACAAAAAGGCUUUGCCUUCAUUGGACGGUUACCUUAACGAAAAUGGAGUCAUCAACACGAAGCGUCUUCAAGUCAUUCUGGACGAAAUGGCUGAAUGGGAGAAGGAGAUAUUUGAGAAGGAAUACGCCGAUGUAAACUGGUACAAGGGGAAACAGGCAAAACACGUGAAAGAAAUGGAGGCAGCGCGGAAGCGCAACAAGCUUGUUUUGACAACUUCCCAGAGACAGAUAUUCGAGCAAGUCAAAGCAUUUGUCCUUGACCACCGAAACACUGCUUCCAUAGCCCAUCAACGCAUGUGCCGAUUACCUAUGCCAAACACCUUCUCUGCCGGAGAUCGGAAAUUUAUUAACGAUCUUGGCGAUGACCUUCAUCUUCAUGUCGCUUGGGACGAGUAUGAUGAGAAUGACCAGAAUUUGGUUGUUUGGCGGUUCCCUGGAGAACUGGAUGAGCCUUUACCGGCGAAUGGUGACACCGCGAGUCCAAAUGGCGAGGCAGAGGUUGAAGAGGAUGAUGAUGCAUGGGAAGACGAGGAAGACGAGGAGAGUAAGGCAGCCGUCGAUCGCGUUUUAGGGAAAUAUGAGAAGGCAAGGGUUAUGGAGGAUGACAAGGAGGGAGACUUCGACGCGCGAUAUGAAGUAUCUAUGAAGGAGAAGAUGGAUGAAUGGAAGCGUGGAUACUACAAGGGCAAGCUCGAAAUUGCCUACGAUGAUCCUCAGGAAAUGUUUGAUCUCGUCUACCGAUACGUCGAGGGUAUGCAGUGGGUCAUGCAUUACUAUUACAGUGGUGUCGCCUCAUGGAGCUGGUUCUAUAACUACCAUUACGCGCCACGUAUAUCCGAUCUCAAGGGGGUUGACCAGAUGACAUUCAGUUUUGAGCUCGGUCGACCUUUCCGACCGUUUGAGCAGCUCAUGGGUGUCUUGCCUGCUGCCAGUAUGGAGUUGAUUCCUCAACCAUAUCGGGACCUCAUGUACGACCCCAACUCGCCCAUCUUAGAUUUCUAUCCCGCGGAGUUCGAACAGGAUCUAAACGGGAAGAAGCAAGAAUGGGAGGCUGUCGUAAAGAUCCCUUUUAUCGACGAGAAACGGCUGUUGAAGGCCAUGGGUUCUCGAGAACACCGACUCACUGAAGAAGAACGUCAACGCAAUUCGUUCGGGGCAUCCACGCAGUUCACUUACAACCCUGGUGAACCAACGGUGUAUCCGUCGUCGCUCCCUGGGUUCUUCCCGGCGUUGCAUCGAUGCACAUGUCGUAUGGAACCGUAUGAACUGCCGACCAUGGAUGGAUUGCAUUUGGUUGCUGGUCUUUGCGAUGGAGUAUUGACCGGCGCCGAGGCCCUGGCUGGUUUCCCUUCGCUACAGACCCUUCCGCACACCGCUGCACUGGGACACCAUGGCGUCAAUGUUCAUGGUUCUGAAUCACGGAACAAGUCAAUGGUUGUACACAUACAGAAUCAGCACGAAAACAGGAAGGUGCAAGAUAUAGCCACUGAGAUGAUUGGUCAGCGGACGUUCAUUGGGUGGCCGUUCCUUCAGGAAGGAAUGGUGUCCUCCGUCUCAGACUCGUUAUUCAAAUAUGAGAAAAUAAAUGUCACGCCAGGCGCGCCUCCUCGUGUUGUUUCCAAUCCUCAUGUGCCUGCAGCAUUGUCCCAUUGGAAGGGGAGAGCAGAGAGGAUUGAGCAGUACUACUCCAAGCGAUGCGGUGUUGUUACUGGUGAAAUCGAAGUGUUGGUUCACAUACGGCCCCUGAAAGGUCUCAAACGAUUGGACACUGGCGCACUUGUCAAAGAUUAUGAAGGUCCGGACAAAGAGACCGAGCAGGCCGUUCAGAUGGUAGUCACGGAAGUUGCCUCAGAAGAUCCUCGAUACAUGGAGAAGGAACCACCUCCGUUGUCCGAAGAAUUCCCUGUUGAUAGCAAAGUGUUCUUCCUCGGCGAGCACGCUUACGGUGUUGCUGCUCAGGUCUCUGCUACAACGAAUGAUACACUGUCUGUUGUUCUUGCAUUCUUCCCUUCCGAAAAGACCGAAAAUGACACAUUCAAGAGCAUAGUAGCGACACGAAGAUCGAUUCGUUAUUAUCCAUCUUUCAAAGUCGCAGAAAUGCUCGGCUUGUCUGGCAUGGCCGUUGCCAAGAUCACAUCCGGAUUCAUGGUUAUUACUUCUGACGGGCAGAAGAACGACUUGGGUUUGCGUCUUAAGUUCGACGCACGUGGUCUCAAAGUCAUCGACUACUCUCGUAAAGACGGCAGACAUUGGGAAUUCAGCGACAAGGCGGUCGAACUCCUUCGUGAGUACAAAGAGAAGUAUCCGGAGGUCAUGCAAUCUCUCAACCAAAGGGGUGACGCCAUGGCAAGGGCGACCGAUAUCUUCCCUGAUGGAGAUGCAGAUGCCAAAAUCAAAGAAGUCAAACAUUGGCUCACAUCGAAGGGCAUCCGUUCUUUGGAGCCGGUCUCCUUGUUCUGUGAUCAGCUCAAGAAGGAAACGGUGAAAGAGAUAGAAGAGCUUGCAGAUAAAUUCACGGCAUCUAAGUCUCGGGACGCGAUCAAGAAGGCGAUUGUGAAGGGAAUUCCUCGACAAGCAGUACUCAAACCUGCGCAUGCUACCUAUCGUCUUCAAAACCAGCAUUUCGAACUGGGAGAUCGUGUGACGAUGGUUCAGGAUUCCGGCGGCGUCCCAUUGUCCGUGAAAGGUGUUGUCAUCGGUAUGAAUGCCAAAUCGAUGGACGUUGUCUGGGAUGUUCCCUUCAUGUCUGGUACUACCUUGGGCGACAGGUGCUCACAGUAUCGUGGAUCUACCGUGGAAUUCACUUCUUGCCUCAACUUAUCGGACCCCCAAUUCAUUGCGUCAACCAAUCCUAAGUCUCCGACACAGCAGAAGCCUACGUCUCCAUUCAAACCAAGGUUUGGGCCUCAUCCAGUAAUUCAACCAGCUAGAGGCCAAACUGCAGCAUCUGGAUUCCGUCCUGCACCGCAACCAAAUGGCGCCCCCGUUCAUAUCAUGUCGAACCCGAACCGUGGCCGCGGUGGAUAUAUAAAUGGUCGAGGCGGAAUCGCUGCUCAGUAUUCCAGUCCGAAUGGUGUACCUCCCGUGGCUGUUCAAGCCAAUGGUGUUCACACUCAUGCGAAUGACGUAUCUCAGAGAGGCAAUUCCAGGGGACCUCGUGGUGCUUUCGUUCCAAGAGGCAGAGGUGGCUCAAAUGGUGCUACAUUCCCUCCGCGAGGUACUGCACCAGGAUUCGGGCCAUCCAAUCGUGGUCACGCCCCGGCUUUCGAUCGAGGUCGGGGUUUCCCUAGAGGUGGUUUCCCUCCAAGAGGUCGCGGUCGAGGCCGAGGAGGAUUUGCACCGCCAGUACCAACGUAAAAAUGCUCUACGAGGCCCGGCUUACUUCUGCCUCUCGUUGUCAUCUUACCCAUUGCUUUCGAUUGCUAUCGAUUCGCGUUUGUAAUACUUAUUGGCAGGACUGAAUGUUGUAGCAAAUGUAUCACUAUGUAUUACUUGCCCCUAAUCGAUAUCUCGGACCAUGAUGUUGGUUGCUU